AAAAAUACGUGACAAAGAAAACAUUCUCUGCCUAGGAGGAGACUCUCAGAGGGUGUAGAACUGGAGGCAGCAUUCACUGGCCAUGCCAGUACUUACCACUGAUGCUGAGUCAGAAACAGGUAUCCCAAAAUCCCUUUCCAAUGAGCCUCCCUCAGAAACCAUGGAGGAAAUCGAGCACACAUGCCCACAGCCUCGACUGACCCUGACUGCACCUGCCCCAUUUGCAGAUGAAACCAGCUGCCAGUGCCAAGCACCCCAUGAGAAACUGACCAUUGCUCAGGCCCGCUUAGGAACACCAGUUGACAGACCUGUCAGAGUAUACGCAGAUGGAAUAUUUGACCUCUUCCACUCAGGUCAUGCAAGGGCACUUAUGCAAGCAAAAACACUGUUUCCCAACAGCUACUUGUUGGUAGGAGUUUGCAGUGAUGACCUCACCCACAAAUUCAAAGGUUUCACCGUGAUGAACGAAGCAGAGAGAUAUGAAGCGCUGAGACACUGUCGCUAUGUGGAUGAAGUCAUCAGAGAUGCUCCGUGGACACUUACGCCAGAGUUUCUGGAAAAACACAAGAUUGACUUUGUGGCCCACGAUGACAUUCCGUACUCCUCUGCUGGCUCUGAUGAUGUUUACAAGCAUAUAAAGGAAGCAGGAAUGUUUGUUCCAACGCAGAGAACGGAAGGCAUCUCAACAUCAGACAUCAUCACCAGGAUUGUCCGUGACUAUGAUGUUUAUGCCCGACGCAAUCUCCAGAGAGGGUACACAGCCAAGGAACUGAAUGUCAGCUUUAUAAAUGAGAAGAAGUACCGCUUCCAAAACCAGGUAGACAAGAUGAAGGAAAAGGUCAAAAACGUGGAGGAAAAAUCAAAGGAAUUUGUUAACAGAGUGGAAGAAAAGAGUCAUGAUCUAAUUCAAAAGUGGGAAGAGAAAUCGAGGGAAUUCAUUGGCAACUUCCUAGAACUGUUUGGGCCUGAUGGAGCAUGGCUGACAGGGUCUUGGUGCUCCGGCCGGGUGUCAGGCCUGAGCCUCAGAAGUGGGAGAGCCGAGUUCAGGACACUGGACCACCAGAGACCUCCUGGCUCCAUGUAAUAUCAAUUGGUGAGAGCUGUCCCAGAGAUCUCCAUCUCAACACUAAGACCCAGCUCCACUCAACGACCAGCAAGUUCCAGUGCUGGACACCCCAUGCCAAACAACUAGCAAGACAGGAACACAACCCCACCCAUUAGCAGAGAGGCUGCCUAAAAUCAUAAUAAGUUCACAGACACCCCAAAACACACCACCAGACUCGGUCCUGCACACCAGAAAGACAAGAUCCAGCCUCAUCCACCAGAACACAGGCACCAGUCCCCUCCACCAGGAAGCCUACACAACCCACUGAACCAACCUUACCCACUGGGGGCAGACACCAAAAACAACAGGAACUAUGAACCUGCAACCUGCAAAAAGGAGACCCCCAAACACAGUAAGUUAAGCAAAAUGAGAACACAGAGAAAUACGCAGCAGAUGAAGGAGCAAGGUAAAAACCCACCAGACAAAACAAAUGAAAAGGAAAUAUGCAGUCUACCUGAAUAAGAAUUCAGAGUAAUGAUAGUAAAGAUGAUCCAAGGUCUUGGAAAUAGAAUGGAGAAAAUACAAGAAACAUUUAACAAGGACCAAGAAGAACUAAAGAGCAAACUAACAAUGAUGAACAGCACAAUAAAUGAAAGUAAAAAUUCCCUAGAAGGAAUCAAUAGCAGAAUAACUGAGGCAGAAGAAUGGAUAAGUGACCUGGAAGAUAAAAUAGUCAAAAUAACUACCACAGAGCAAAAUAAAGGAAACAAAAAAUGAAAAGAACUGAGGACAGUUUCAGAGACCUCUGGGACAACAUUAAACACACCACCAUUCUAAUUAUAGGGGUCCCAGAAGAAGAAGAGAAAAAUGGACUGAGAAAAUAAUUGAAGAGAUUAUAGUUGAAAAUUUCCCUAACAUGGGAAAGGAAAUAGUCAAUCAAGUCCAGGAAGCACAGAGAGUCCCAUACAGGAUAAAUCCAAGGAGAAACACACCAAGACAUAUAUUAAUCAAACUGUCAAAAAUUAAAUACAAAGAAAAAAUAUUAAAAGCAGCAAGGGAAAAGCAACAAAUAACACACAAGGGAAUCCCCAUAAGGUUAACAGCUGAUCUUUCAGCAGAAACUCUGCAAGCCAGAAGGCUGUGGCAAGACAUAUUUAAAGUGAUAAAAGGGAAAAACCUACAACCAAGAUUACUCUACCCAGCAAGGAUCUCAUUCAGAUUUGACAGAGAAAUUAAAACCUUUACAGUCAAGCAAAAGCUAAGAGAAUUCAGCACCACCACACCAGCUCUACAACAAAUGCUAAAGGAACUUCUCUAGGCAGGAAACACAAGAGAAGGAAAAGACCUACAAUAACAGACCCAAAACAAUUAAGAAAAUGGGAAUAGGAACAUACAUAUCGAUAAUUACCUUGAAUGUAAAUGGAUUAAAUGCUCCAACCAAAAGAUAUAGACUGGCUGAGUGGAUACAAAGAUAAGACCUGUAUAUAUGCUGUCUACAAGAGACCCACUUCAGACCUAGGGACACAUACAGACUGAAAGUGAGGGGAUGGAAAAAGAUAUUCCAUGCAAAUGGAAAUCAAAAGAAAGCUGGAGUAGCAAUACUCAUGUCAGAUAAAAUACACUUUAAAAUAAAGACUAUUACAAGAGACAAAGAAGGACACUACAUAAUGAGCAAGGGAUCAAUCCAAAAAGAAGAUAUAACAAUUGUAAAUAUUUAUGCACCCAACACAGGAGCACCUCAAUACAUAAGGCAAAUGCUAACAGCCAUAAAAGGGGCAAUCAACAGUAACAAUAAUAGUAGGAGACUUUAACACCCCACUUUCACCAAUGGACAGAUCAUCCAAAAUGAAAUAAAUAAGGACACACAAGCUUUAAAUGACACAUUAAACAAGAUGGACUUAACUGAUAUUUAUAGGAUAUUCCAUCCAAAAACAACAGAAUACACUUUCUUCUCAAGUGCUCAUGGAGCAUUCUCCAGGAUGGAUCCUAUCUUGGGACACAAAUCAAGCUUUGGUAAAUUCAAGAAAAUUGAAAUCAUAUCAAGUAUCUUUUCCGACAACAAUGCAAUGAGACUAGAUAUCAAUUACAGGAAAAAAAACUGAAAAAAUACAAACACAUGGAGGCUAAACAAUAUGGUACUAAAUAACCAAGAGAUCACUGAAUAAAUGAAAGAGGAAAUCAAAAACUACCUAGAAACAAAUGACAAUGAAAACACGACAACCCAAAACCUAUGGGAUGCAGCAAAAGCAGUUCUAAGAGGGAAGUUUACAGCAAUAAAAUCCUACCUCAAGAAACAAGAAAAAUCUCAAAUAAACAACCUAACCUUACACCUAAAGCAAUUAGAGAAAGAAGAACAAAAAACCCCCAAAGUUAGCAGAAGGAAAUAAAUCAUAAAGAUCAGAUCAGAAAUAAAUGAAAAAGAAAUGAAGGAAACGAUAGCAAAGAUCAAUAAAACUAAAAGCUGGUUCUUUGAGAAGAUAAACAAAAUUGAUAAACCAUUAGCCACACUCAUCAAGAAAAAAAGGGAGAGGACUCAAAUCAACAGAAUUAGAAAUGAAAAAGGAGAAGUAACCACUGACACUGCAGAAAUACAAACAAUCAUGAGAGAUUACUACAAGCAACUCUAUGCCAAUAAAAUGGACAACCUGGAAGAAAUGGACAAAUUCUUAGAAAAGCACAACCUCCCGAGACUGAACCAGGAAGAAAUAGAAAAUAUAAACAGACCAAUCACAAGCACUGAAAUUGAAACUGUGAUUAAAAAUCUUCCAAAAAACAAAAGCCCAGGACCAGAUGGAUUCACAGGCGAAUUCUAUCAAACAUUUAGAGAAGAGCUAACACCUAUCCUUCUCAAACUCUUCCAAAAUAUUGCAGAGGGAGGAACACUCCCAAACUCAUUCUGUGAGGCCACCAUCACCCUGAUACCAGACAAUGAUGUCACAAAAAAAAGAAAACUGCAGGCCAAUAUCACUGAUGAACAUAGAUGCGAAAGUCCUCAACAAAAUACUAGCAAACACAAUCCAGCAGCGCAUUAAAAGGAUCAUACACCAUGAUCAGGUGGGGUUUAUCCCAGGAAUGCAAGGAUUCUUCAAUAUGGGCAAAUCAAUCAAUGUGAUACACCAUAUUAACAAACUGAAGCAGAAAAACCAUAUUAUUACCUCAAUAGACGCAGAAAAAGCUUUCAACAAAAUUCAACACCCAUUUAUGAUUAAAACUCUCCAGAAAGUAGGCAUAGAGGGAACUUAUCUCAACAUAAUAAAGGCCAUAUAUGACAAACCCACAGCCAACAUCAUUCUCAAUGGUGAAAAACUGAAAGCAUUUCCACUAAGAUCAGGAACAAGACAAGGUUGCCCACUCUCACCACUAUUAUCCAACAUAGUUUUGGAAGUUUUAGCCCCAGCAAUCAGAGACGAAAAAGAAAGAAAAGGAAUCCAAAUCAGAAAAGAAGAAGUAAAACUGUCACUGUUUGCACAUGACAUGAUACUAUACAUGGAGAAUCCUAAAGAUACUACCAGAAAACUACUAGAGCUAAUCUAUGAAUUUGGUAAAGUAGCAGGAUACAAAAUUAAUGCACAGAAAUCUCUUGCAUUCCUAUACACGAAUGAUGAAAAAUCUGAAAGAGAAAUUAAGGAAGCACUCCCAUUUACCACUGCAACAAAAAGAAUAAAAUACCUAGGAAUAAACCUACCUAAGGAGACAAAAGACCUGUAUGCAGAAAACUAUAAGACACUGAUGGAAGAAAUUAAAGAUGAUACAAACAGAUGAAGAGACAUACCAUGUUCCUGGAUUGGAAGAAUCAACAUUGUGAAAAUGACUCUACUACCCAAAGCAAUCUACAGAUUCAGUGCAAUCCCUGUCAAACUACCAAUGGCAUUUUUCACAGAACUGGAACAAAAAACUUCACAAUUUAUAUGGAUACACAAAAGACCCCAAAUAGCCAAAGCAAUCCUGAGAAAGAAAAAUGGAGCUGGAGGAAUCAGGCUCCCUGACUUCAGACUAUACUACAAAGCUACAGUAAUCAAGACAGUAUGGUACUGGCACAAAAACAGAAAUAUAGAUCAAUGGAACAGGAUAGAAAGCCCAGAGAUAAACCUACACACAUAUGGUCACUUUAUCUUUGAUAAAGGAGGCAAGAAUAUACAAUGGAGCAACGAUAGCCUCUUCAAUAAGUGGUGCUGGGAAAACUGGACAGCUACAUGUAAAGGAAUGAAAUUAGAACAUUUCCUAACACCAUACACAAAAAUAAACUCCAAAUGGAUUAAAGACCUAAAUGUAAGGGCAGACACUGUGAAACUCUUAGAGGAAAACAUAGGCAGAACACUCUAUGACAUACAUCACAGCAAGAUCCUUUUUGACCCAGCUCCUAGAGAAAUGGAAAUAAAAACAAAAAUAAAUAAAUGGGACUUAAUGAAACUUAAAAGCUUUUGCACAGCAAAGGAAACCAUAAACAAGACCAAAAGACAACCCUCAGAAUGGGAGAAACUACUUGCAAAUGAAGCAACUGACAAAGGAUUAAUCUCCAAAAUUUACAAGCACCUCAUGCAGCUCAAUAACAAAAAAACAAACAACCCAAUCCAAAAAUGGGCAGAAGACCUAAAUAGACAUUUUUCCAAAGAAGAUAUACAGAGUGCCAACAACACAUGAAAGAAUGCUCAACAUCAUUAAUCAUUAGAGAAAUGCAGAUCAAAACUACAAUGAGAUAUCAUCUCACACCAGUCAGAAUGGCCAUCAUCAAAAAAUCUAGAAACAGUAAAUGCUGGAGAGGGUGUGGAGAAAAGGGAACACUCUUGCACUGUUGGUGGGAAUGUAAAUUGAUACAUCCACUAUGGAGAACAGUAUGGAGGUUCCUUAAAAAACUACAAAUAGAACUACCAUACGACCCAGCAAUCCCACUACUGGGCAUAUACCCUGAGAAAACCAUAAUUCAAAAAGAGUCAUGUACCACAAUGUUCAUUGCAGCUCUAUUUACAAUAGCCAGGACAUGGAAGCAACCUAAGUGUCCAUCAUGAGAUGAAUGGAUAAAGAAGAUGUGGCACAUAUAUACAAUGGAAUAUUACUCAGCCAUAAAAAGAAACAAAAUUGAGUUAUUUGUAGUGAGGUGGAUGAAGUUAGUCUGUCAUACAGAGUGAAGUAAGUCAGAAAGAGAAAAACAGAUACCGUAUGCUAACACAUAUAUAUGGAAUCUAAGGAAAAAAUAAAAAAUAAAGAAAGGUCAUGAAGAACCUAGUGGCAAGACGGGAAUAAAGACAUAGACCUACUAGAGAAUGGACUUGAGGAUAUGGGGAGGGGGAAGGGUAAGCUGUGACAAAGUGAGAGAGUGUCAUGGACAUAUAUACACUACCAAACGUAAAAUAGAUAGCUAGUGGGAAGCAACUGCAUAGCACAGGGAGAUCAGCUUGGUGCUUUGUGACCACCUAGAGGGUUGGGAUAGGGAGGGAGAUGCAAGAGGGAAGAGAUAUGGGAACAUAUGUAUAACUGAUUCACUUUGUUAUAAAGCAGAAACUAACACACCAUUGUAAAGCAAUUAUACUCCAAUAAAGAUGUUAAAAAAAAGAAAUGGAAAUAAAAACAAAAAUAAACAAAUGGGACCUAAUGAAACUUCAAAGCUUUUGCACAGCAAAGGAAACCAUAAACAAGACGAAAAGACAACCCUCAGAAUGGGAGAAAAUAUUUGCAAAUGAAUCAACGGACAAAGGAUUAAUCUCCAAAAUAUACAAGCAGCUCAUGCAGCUCAGUAUCAAAAAACAAACAAUCCAAUCCAAAAAUGGGCAGAAGACCUAAAUAGACAUUUCUCCAAAGAAGAUAUACAGAUUGCCAACAAACACAUGAAAGAAUGCUUAACAUCACUAAUCAUUAGAGAAAUGCACAUCAAAACUACAAUGAGCUAUCACCUCACACCAGUCAGAAUGGCCAUCAUCAAAAAAUCUAGAAACAAUAAAUGCUGGAAAGGGUGUGGAGAAAAGGGAACCCUCUUGCACUGUUGGUGGGAAUGUAAAUCGAUACAGCCACUAUGGAGAACAGUAUGGAGGUUCUUUAAAAAACUAAAAAUAGAACUACCAUAUGACCCAGCAAUCCCACUACUGGGCAUAUACCCUGAGAAAACCAUAAUUCAAAGAGUCAUGUACCACAAUGUUCAUUGCAGCUCUAUUUACAAUAGCCAGGUAAUGGAAGCAACCUAAGUGUCCAUCGACAGAUGAAUGGAUAAAGAAGAUGUGGCACAUGUAUACAAUGGAAUAUUACUCAGCCAUAAAAAGAAACGAAAUUGAGUUAUUUGUAGUGAGGUGGGUGGACCUAGAGUCUGUCAUACGGAGUGAAGUAAGUCAGAAAAACAAAUACCGUAUGCUAACACAUAUAUAUGGAAUCUAAAAAAAAAUGGUUCUGAAGAACCUAGGGGCAGGAGAAGAAUAAAGAUGCAGACAUAGAGAAUGGACUUGAGGACACUGGGAUGGGGAAGGGUAAGCUAGGAAGAAGUUAGAGAGUGGCAUUGACAUAUAUACACUACCAAGUGUAAAGUAGAUAGGUAGUGGGAAGCAGCCGCAUAGCACAGGGAGAUUAGCUUGGUUC